AUGGACUCGUCACUAGCUCACCUCAUCAGCUGGUCUGAGCCCACCAAGGGGGAUGCCCCUCUGGCUCUCACUGGGCCGUCCAUAACCAUUUCGCCCCUGCCGCCACCUCACGCCCCAACCGUAUUCCUCUUUGGCGGCAAAUACGUACACAACCGGAAACUCACCAACGAGAUCUGGGCCAUGAAUCUCAACACGAGAAUUUGGGAAAAGAUAGAUGCUGGUCCCGGUCCUAGUCCUCGUUACUUUCAUUCCAUGGACGUCUGGGAAAAUAAGUUGGUCUGCUUUGGUGGCAUGUCAGACUCGGAGCCUACCUCGGUGCACAACGAUAUUUGGUUCUUCGACUGCUCUACUCGCAAGUGGCUACCCUCGGACAACGGCUCUACCGAUGGUGAACAGGCACUGGUGCCAAUGGCUCGGUAUGCCCAUCUCAGUGCCAUCUCUCGGGGUAAGCUCCUCGUAUCUGGAGGACAACAUUCGGACAACUCAUGGAUCUAUGAGAUCAAUGUUUAUGAUCUGAAGAAGCGGAGAUGGAUCUCCAAAACCCAGCAACCAGAGAUGAACGGGCAGCAUUCGAAAGGGGCAUAUCGCAGUGUGGCGACAUCCUCGAAACAGAGAGUCAUCAUUCCGCCCAAGCGGCCUGACUCGAACACGUCUCAAUCUUACUCCAUUGACGAGGAAGGAGAGGGCGGAGAUAUCUGGUGCUAUUCGAAUUACGACUUCGCCAAGGUGCGAAGAGAAUUGGACAUCAUAGCGCCAUCUGAUGACGACGAUCAAUCGGAUGCCGGUCCUCGGUUCACAUCGACUCCUUGUUUUGCCAUCCGCGAUGAGUCAACACGGAUGCGGGGAAGUGCGAUGCCGCCUGGUCUGCGCUUCCCAACUGGCGGUAUUGUCGGAAAUCACUUCAUCCUGUGCGGUCUCUAUCUUGCUUCAUCUUCUGCCGCCUUUUCCAUCUGGUCUCUCGACCUCACAACGUAUAUCUGGCGCCAUAUCGAGCCUGCUGUACUGAAUGACGGCAGCUGGAACAGGGCGCUCGUCUGGCCUGAAAGAGCCAGGAUUCUGGUAUUUGGCAACACAGAAUCUGACAUCGCGACAGAUUACGGCAAGCGCGCAGUCAGCGUAGAUCACAUGGCUGUUAUCUCGUUGGAGACAUAUGGCAUAUACCGACCGCCUCGGUUAGAGAUUCCUGUCAAUAUUCAACAGCGGGGACUUAUGGUGUUGGACGAGAAUCUGGCUUCCGACUUUGCAGUGAUUGCUGAAGAUGGGCGGCGAGUUAAAUGCUCGAGACACGUCCUCCGUGAGCGAUGGGCUUGGUUCGCUGCGCAAGAAAAGGACUUGGUCACUGCCAUGGCUGGCGAAGUCAAGGAUGCUCCUGCUGUAGACGUUGCCGACACCCUCAUGGGCUCCUUCGAGCCGACCAAAAUCGCGGCCACUAGCGUGACACUGCACGAGCCGUUUCCGGUGUGUGUCGCUCUGGUACAGUACUUCUACACACAGUCCCUUUCGACACCUCUUCAGAAUAGAGCCCCGAUACUCUCGGCUUUACUGUUCCUAUCAAAACAGUACAAAAUCGACAGAUUGGCAAAACUGGUUGUACAUGCUCUGCAUGAGCGGCUGGAGCCAAACGUGGCGGUGGGGGUUUAUGAGAUUUCCACCUUGAGCGGGGAGCAGGCAUUGCAGAUUCGAGCUCUGAAUAUGAUUCAUGUCAGUGUCUUUGUCUGCUUUAUCGCGUUCGCUGAUAGCUCUCCAGUCGAGCAAAGGUAG